AUGACAUCACAAUAUAACGGUGAUACCAACUCAACCACUAUAGAUCCGAACAACCGAGGAGGAAAUCUGGUAAUAGACCAGACUAAUAACCUAUCAUCUAGCACAUCAUCAUCAUUGAACCAGACCCAUUUUUAUAAGCCACAAGUGUCGAAUCUUACGAAGAACUUGAUGUCAUCUUCUGGAGGACAAACCACCCCUGUAGCCACGAACACGAAUUCCAAUGCGACAUCAAAUCAACAAAAUCUAUUUACAAGCACACCCAGCAGUUACACCGAACCAAUUACAAAUAGGAUUCUUCCUAAUUUGAAAGCUGGUUCAACUCAAAUGAGCAAUUCAUUUAGUGGUUCUUUCCACCAAUCACAUGUACACAACGAUUCCAUUAAUUAUAUUCCUUCAUCACACAACACUCCCACUGCCGUGAGUAGCUCAUAUACAUCACAUCACUCUUAUCCAGCGUCUUUGUCAAGUGUUAACAAUUUUAUAAGUCAGCCGUCACAACACAAUCAACACCAACAGCCUAUAUCAUUGAGUUUUAAGCCACCUGGUGUAGUGCCGAAUUCGAUCCCAACCACAAACGUGCAUAGUGAUACUGCAAACAGAUUCUCGUCUGUUUCUUCUAGUGGUUCCUCAUUCACCAAUUCAUCAUUUGCAACAUCAACACAAUUUCACCCACCUACAUCCACAGCACAUCCUGUUCAUCCAGGCUCGUUGCAACAAGUUCAACAACAGAGAUUUCCAAACUCAUUUCCCAAUACAACAAUAACGCAUUUUCCGAAUCCUCCAAACGUACAGCCACUGGGAUUAAACCAAACUCAACACCAACAACCAAUAGUGACUGAUACGCUGGUUCCAACCAGUGGAUCUACAACACCAGUGGAAAAACAAAUACCUCGUGUGAAGUCUGCUCAAUCUACUCCAUCUUUACCACAUGGAAAUCACCACGAACAAAGUGCUCGAUCUCUGGUGCUGUCACAGUCGUUUCAAACAUAUGUCCAACCCGAGCCUGAUCAUUAUAUGACAUAUAGUGAAUUUUUGCAUAAUUUGAGUGUAAAAGAUAGUCAAGAUGAGUCUGUUGCAUAUGAAGAACAUUUAAACAUUGUGGAGUAUCCUGUUAAUGAUUUAAUUGUUAUGUUGUCUUGUUUGUUGACAAAGAUAAUUGAAGCAAACGAUAAAUUGCAUCCUAAUCAUUUUGAAAAUACUAUUGCUAUUAGACAAAGACUAAAAGAAGAAAAGAGGCUUAAGAAAUUACAACGUCAAAGUAAAUUACAACUGGAGAACGAUGCUUAUGAUGAAGAUGAUAUAGAUGUUGAUAAGAACGACCGUAGCUUUAAUGGCAAUAAUGAUGAAAUAGACCAAGAUAAUGAUCAUGAUACAAAUGUGGAGAACGAUGAAAAUGUUGAUAAUGUCGAUGGCGAGGACGAUGAUGAUGAUGACGAUGAUGAAGAUGAUGAGAUGAAAAAUAAAUAUUUGGCCAAUGUUUUAGCAUUUCACGGAACAAAUAUCCCUGGAAUUUCAUUACAAUCUUAUUUGGGUCGUGUUUUAAAGUAUUGUCCUGUAACUAAUGAAGUAUUUUUAUCUUUAUUGGUUUAUUUUGAUAGAAUAGCGAAAAAGGCAAACAAUUUGAAUCAAAAAAAGAAGAACUCCAAUAGUAAUGGUGGUUCUGAUAAUCAAUCAUCUGAAGCAGAACAAUUAUUUGUCAUGGACUCUUAUAAUAUUCAUAGAUUAAUCAUUAGUGGAAUUACUGUUUCAUCAAAAUUUUUUCUGGACAUUUUUUAUAAGAAUCUUCGAUAUGCUAAAGUUGGAGGUUUACCAUUGGAAGAAUUAAAUUAUUUGGAAUUACAGUUUUUAUUAUUAUUAGAUUUCAAAUUGAUGAUUUCUGUUGAAGAUUUACAAAAUUAUGGUGAUUUAUUAUUAAGAUUUUGGAAACGAGAACAAAUUGCCAAUGAAUUAGUACCCAAUAAUAAUGAAACUAAAGAACAUCAGCAAGCACAAGCCGAAGCCCAAGCCCAAACGCAAACGCAAAGCUAA